UGCUGACAUAACUGCAGGGAUGUGUGUUCUACUGUUGCUUUUCCUCAGCUCCAUUGUGCUUCACUCUGUGUCAGCUGGAGGUGUGUAUUGUGCUAAAACAGCCAGAGCCCGUGCAGCUGCUCUGGGUUUGGAUUAUCCUGGAGUCCAUGGAGGGCCUGAUCUCUAUAGACCACCUCACCAUGGGAUGCACCACAGCAUGAUGGCGCCCAGACCUCAACCUGAGAAUAACAAUGAUCCUGGAUGGGGUGCGACUGAACCUAACAUGGCCUCGAACGAAGGUCAUCCCAGGAGUCUGCAUGGCGCUUACAGGCCGGUUCAAGCUGAAUACACCACGGACCAAGUGCUCAGCCUUCCUAGAGAACGGUCACUUAUUCACCGCAAGUCAAAUUUUAAGCAGGUCAAGCAUGUUGCCCCUCCAACUCUGGCUGAAGCCCCAGGCCAACCUGACCUUGUGAACAGGGACCCCCGAGGUCGUAACAAGCCGCUCUCACAUGUCUACAAUAAGUACGACCUUCUGGUUGACGAGUCCGUCCCAAAUAGACAUGGCAUGUCCCAAAGCAGGGGUCAUGGCGCUCACCAGAGGCGUUUCACUGGAUAUGGCCUGAGAAGAGAAGUUCCUGUCCUCAGUUCAUACGGCAUCAUGAACAACGGCCACAUCAGAGCGACAACUAGCUCAAAACCUGCUGUUGACAGACGGAAAUGGAUCAGGUUUCCUGGCCGUCUUCCUCAGCCCCUGCACCAACGGCUGAAUGUCAAACAGUAUUUUCAAGGUAACCCUGUCCUGAGACAUCUGACGGAAAGCAAAAUCAGGCCGAAUUAGCUGGUGAGCUAAAGGGUCUGACACAUAGCUUGGCUGUCUUGUCAAAUAUUGUGUAUGUGAGGAGUUCUUAAAGUUAACAGGCAAGCAUUUUUUGAAGGGAAAAACAAUGUGAUUUCAGAAUCUAUUUUUCUGGCUUCCUCUAACCUUUACUGAAAGAUGAAAUGUCCUACCUAUCUGAAUACAAGCUCCUGCAUUGUUGCUUCCUCACCUGUAGCUCUAAAACACGUCACAUCUUGUAUUGUCUCUCGAUUUAUUAAAUUAC